AAGCAGGGGCGGACUGACCAUUUGGAAACUUGGGCACUGCACGAGGGCCCGGGGUCAGUAGGGGGCCCCAUGAGAUAUCCCUGGUACCUUUUUCAUAGGCUUUUUUCAGUUUGGGCAAGGACACAGGGGCCCCAUGAUUCCCUAUUGCCCGGGGGCCCCAUGAGUUGUCAGUCCGCCCCUGGCUGAGAGUUUAUGAUUAUUGGAGAGCUUGGGUUUGGCCUGAAUCUAGAGUUAGCUGUCAUUGCUGGACCAAUGAGCUACAGGCAGGAAAUG